GGGCAAUGUUGAUUUUAAUUUCCAGACUAGGCUGCACAAUUAGUUGCUCCCUGCAACGCUAGUACGGAAUAUUGUUUUGGGAUAUAAUUUAACUAUAUUUUUAGUUUCUUGUUACGGUGUUUUGAGACUGUUUGUUUUUUUUUUCAAAUUGGAAGAAGAGGACGAUACUGGUUAUUUGUUUGUCUUGCUGGCUGCCUGUCCCUGGUUAGAAUUUUGGCUCGUCAGUAUGAAAUUAGAUCCUGUGGCUAGCAUAACCUUGUUUGUGUUCUGCUUGUCUAUUUUUAUGCACAUAACAUGUGCAUAUAUAAUAUUUCAAUUCAGGAGUUCACGUCAAUAACGUAUUUAUAGCUGUAGUUUGGAUAUUCCCACAAUCCAUGUUGGUUUAUCAUGUGUUUAUUGAUAUAAUCCGUUCAAAUUUGGAGGUGCUGUGAUUUAUCUUCUAAUGCUUUAUUUGUUGCUGUCAAUUAAUAUGCCCAGAGAUGAUUGAAGAAUUAAUCAGCAGGGGACAACAGCUUGAUGCAGUGCAUUUUACAUACGAGGUUGGCCUCGUGGGCAGGUUCCCCCCAGUUCCUCUACUUAAAGCUUUUCUGAAGGAUGCAAAGAAGGCGGCUGCAUCUAUUUUGGAGGAUCCCAAUAAUGCUGGCCGAGCUGGGCACCUUGCUGCACGCAAAGAGCAGUCAGCUCUCCGGGCUGUCAUCAAGUGCAUUGAAGAGUACAAACUUGGAGCUGAGUUUCCUCCAGAAAAUCUCAAGAAGCGUCUUGAGCAGCUGGAGAAGGCCAAGAUCGAGAAGAAAAGGCCGGCUGCUGUCCCUGCCACUAAGCGUACACGGGCUAGCAAUGGUGGUCCAAUGCCUCCUGCCAAGGCUGGUCGUUUGACAAAUGCAUAUGUAUCAUCUUUCCCUGCACCACCCACCUUUGUUAGGUCUCCUUCACACACUCAAUACCCUGCUGGGGUUUCUCCAUACGCAUCACCACCUGCCGUGUAUGGUAACAGGAGCCCACCAACAAAUCCAUAUGCAUACUCACCAGAAGCAGCCCCUCCUCUUGCUGGAUCCUAUCCAGGAGCUCCGAUGAACUAUCCUGCAUACGGGGGCUAUGGCGCCGGUUUGGCACCAGCUUAUCAGCAGGCUUACUACCGAUAGACAUGACUACUCUUUGAAGAUGGUAACCACUGAUAUGAUGACCCAAUCUCAUUUGCUUUCUUAAUGGUUUGUAAUCCACUAACCGUUUUAAUGUUAGCAAUGGCUGUGUGUUAAUUAUAACUGUUAUCCUACUUCUUGCUAUGUCGCGGUGAGAAGUGUUUCUAAUGUUGAUCAAACUUUUAGUACUAGGUGAUUGUGGAAAAGUACAUGAUGGCAUCAUAACAAUGUUAAGACUCAAUCAUCACCAAUGUUGUAGAUUAGUUGUAGAAAGACUAUGCUGUUUUGUGUUGAUC